AGUAGAAAUCUUUUGCCGAUUGCUACGAGGCUUUUGAAAUUUUUACCAAAUUGUAAAAGUAAACGGAUUUACGAGUUGGAUUACGAGUAAAUUGGCAAAUGGUGAGUUUGGGCGCUUCGUUGGUCCAGAGGCGCUUAAUUUCGGGUUUGUCCCGCGACUGCCCGAAUUUCGCGGCCAAGAUGCCCAAGAGGAUAACAUCGAAACAUCACCAAAAACCCCUGGGAAGCUACCCAGCGCCUCCCGAGCAGGAAAUGCUCUGGAAGAAUAGAAGAACAAUUCCCGGAGGUUAUUUUCAGCAGUCGAUCUCGCCCUUUCAACUAAAGUUUCUCUACCCAAUCAUUCAUCAGUGGUCUGCAAGGACAUGGGCAAAAACCUCUCAAAUGUUCUGGUGGAUCAUAUGGCCAACGACUGUGAUGGUUAUUGCAUUCCGUUCAAUCGACAAACUCAACAAGCUCUACCUAAAGCGCGAGCACUAUUACUAGUU